UUCAGUUUUAUUGAAACUUUUUUUACUUAUCUUGAAUGUAAAUUAAUUCUUUACAUAAUUAAAUGCAAAUCAAUCAACCAUAAUCUAACGGUUACUAGUGUUUUACAAAAGGAUAUAGAUAAACAAUUUUCAAAUGAGUUGGUAAUUUAUUUUUUUACUUAACAAAAAUGGUUAGUGGUCGCAGGUUUUUGACUGUAGUUAGGCUUAUUUUACAGGAGAAGGAAAAACGUUAAAAAAAGUAAACAUUUACUUGCGUAAUUGCAGCAUUUCCGCAGAGUUUUAUUGCUAUCUAAAAAGGAAAUAUCGGUUAAAAGAAAUAAGUAGUCCUCGCGAAAUAAAUUUUUAUUUAUUUGUAGUUGUUAGUAGAGAGACACUGGGAGAGUUUUUUAGCCUAAAAACAUAGGUUGACUUGCAAUUUCAAAACAGUAGAAAAUUAAUACCCAUUUAGUAGCGACAAAUAGUAAAAACAAUUAAACUUUUUGUACCAGUAGAGAUAAAUCAGUACGAAAAUAUGUAGGUAAUCCGGGUGAGUUCUAGCGAAUGUUUGUUUUCGAAGCAAAAGUUUAAAAAGUAUGAAUACUGAUUUAUGUAACAGUUUGUUGUUGAAUAAACUUGCUCUUGAAAAAUACUGCAAAAGGAAUAACUAAUUAUUGCCUAAGUACAUCUUAUCUCAACGUAUAAGGUCUCGUAAUGCAAAUAAAUCGAUACGAUUAAGAAAUUGCUGUUUUUGAAGACGUUUUAUAUUUUAUGUACGUUUUAUGUACUGCUGUAAUUAUAAUACUUAAAACUGUCUCGAUGCGUCUAUUCCAAUUACAUCGAUUCAUUUUGGCGGACGGUCGUGGUGACAGUGGUAUUAUGGCUUGCCAUUCGCAAAAGUGAAUUUUUUUAAAAGCCAUGGGGCGUACGGAGAAAUGUCGUAUGACGCUCGUCAUAGUUGGCAUGGGGUUGAACACGUUUACGGAGAGCUACAUUAUGGGGCACACCGCCCCCUUCGUCGCUGGGUUAUUUGAGGAAAAAGAAGAUUUACAACUCACUGACGAAGUUGUAUCCUGGAUAAUGUCCGUGAUGUUUUUAACAAUGGUGGUCGGCACUUUACUGGCAACUUUAAUCACAGAAAAAGUCGGCAGAAGGCUCACAAUAGUUAUCUUCAACGUCCCAGUAAUAAUACACUGGAUUAUGUUGUACUACGCACGAGAUGGUUAUGUCUUGAUGGUCGCGAGGCUGUUGGCAGGCGUCGGGUUCGGAGGCAAUAUACCAAUUACUUACAUGAUGACAGCCGAAUGCAGCUCUGCAAAAAUGAGAGGAUUGAAUCUCGCAAUCAUAACCACUGUAUCCCCUGGAAUUGGGGCGAUGACCGGAUCAUAUGUGGGUAUUGAUGUAGGCUGGAGACAGGCUGCCAUGAUAGCCAUUGCACCGGCGCUUCUGUCUUUAAUUAUUCCUUUGUUUUGUGUCGAAAGCCCGCAUUGGCUGGCAUCCAAAGGUCGAUUCGAGGAGUGCGAGGUGGCCUUCACAUCACUACAUGGAAUAAAACCCUCGGCACAGAAAGAACUCCAAUCAAUGCUUAAUGUGGAAAAAUCUAAGUUCGACAAUAGUGAAAAAAAUGUCAACGCUAUGAAAGUAACUCUUAAACGAUUAAAGGUAGCAGCCACGAAAAGGUACUUUUGGAAUAUAUUGCUUAUAGCCUCUGUACUUAACAUCUACAAAAUGAUUUGCGGUAGAAUAAUUUUUGGCGCUUUUGGGAUACUUAUACUCCAGAAGAUUACCGGACAGUCGGACGUAUUGCUAUACAUAAUGGUGCUAAAUGUAAUUAGCCUUGUUGGGAGUGGUUUUACGAUUAUAAUGUUAAAAAAGAUAAACUUCAGGACUUUAUUGUUUCCUGCAGGGAUAUUCAACAAUCUGCUUCUUAUUGGAUUGAGUAUAUCUCUCUACUUUAAUUACGAUUAUUAUGAUAACUCUCUAAUAGUUUUGAGUAAUGUUGUAAUGUAUUUUGGUCAUUUAGUCAUAAUAGCUGUGAUUUUGUUUCCGAUUCUGGAAGCUGUUCCCGCCGAGUUGUAUCCUUUAGAGAUCCGUGGUGUUUGCAACACCAUCGUAGCCUUCAUCGGUACCGGCUUCUGCUUUUUACUUAUUAAAGUGUCUCCGGCACUGUUCGCACUUUUAGACUAUUAUGGGUUUUUAUCAAUCACCGCCUGUUUAAUGUUCUUUAUGCUCUUAUUUUUUUGGAUAAAGUUACCGGAGACGAAGGGUCGAACUUUAACCGAAAUUGAACUAGACUUUAAAAACAAGAAUCUCGUAAACCCGGAUGACAACAUCUCCAAAGAAGAAACAAAAGAGUUCCUUAGAGUUUAAUGCUAAAAUGUUCAUUUUAUUCUAAACUAGCUUUCCGCCCGCGGCUUCGCGCGCGUGCGCUACAUUAUCUACAUAUUUUACGGAACCCUAUUUUAUUCCAAAAUAAAAUUUAGCCUAUGUUACUCAUGGAUAAUGUAGCUUUCGAAUGGUGAAAGAAUUUUUAAAAAUGGUCCAGUAGUUUUUGAGCCUAUUCAUUACAACCAAACAAACAAAGUUUUCCUCUUUAUAAUAUUAGUGUUGACUGUAGAUAAGUUGGUUAGGAGAAUCUAAGGAAUAGUAAGUAAGGGCUAAAACAUGAAACAUAACUGCACGUAUGUAAUUGUCUUAAUAAUUAUAAUAAAUUGACUUGUGAAUUCCGAUCAACAUCAAUCGGCGCCCACGUGCUGCGUGCUACAUGUUAUUCAGUUGUAUUAACGUGAAUCUCUCAAAAAUAACUAGGUUUAAGUUACGUUGUACUUAUGCAGUAAUAAAUUAAUUUAAGAUUUCCUAGUUAGGUAAAAUAAAAUAAUGUCUCUUGUAA